CGCCUCCUUUUGCUUCUCUUGAUUCCUCAGUCUCAGUCAGUCUCAGUCUGGUUUUGUUCCGAUGGCGGAGAACAGUGCUGUACCGAGUUCCGGCUCCAUUUGCAACAUUUCGUCCCUUUCCAGCGCGCUGUCCAACACCAGGCUUGACCUGCUGGACUCGGAGAGCUCUGUUGCCCGCGAUGGAGCUAAUGUGCCCCGAUCAGGCGCCAGUUUUCAGUCGCAGAGGCGCCGACUCCGCCGGCGAUCAAGCAGCUACAGCGUGGAGUCGGCGGACGGUCCAAGUGAGGUUCGAGUGUUGGUGAUAAAUACCGGCGGAACUAUUGGCAUGAUGUACAGAGAUAACGUACUUGCACCACAAUCAAACUCCCUUGUCAAAGCCCUUCGAAAAAUGCCAGGCCUGCAUGAUGAAUGUUAUGCUCAAGAAACCAAGCUUUACGACUUCUGUGACUCACCAGAAAACAGUUUGGUUCUUCCUCUUUGUAGGUCAAAUAAAAGGAUUGUAUAUUCAGUCAUUGAAUAUUCACCUCUUCUGGACUCAUGUAACAUGAACACAGAUGAUUGGGCUAAAAUUGCAGUCGAUAUAGAGAAUAAUUACCAACAGUACAAUGGCUUUGUGAUCCUUCAUGGCACAGAUACAAUGGCCUACACUGCUUCAGCCCUUUCUUUCAUGUGUGAGAACCAAGGAAAGCCCAUCGUCUUGACUGGCUCUCAGGUUCCCAUCUAUGAGAUGAGAAAUGAUGGUCAUGAUAAUUUGCUUGGAGCACUGCUGAUUGCUGGCCUGUAUGUAAUACCAGAGGUUAGUCUCUAUUUUCAACACAAAUUAUACAGAGGAAAUCGUGUGACAAAAAUAGAUGCUGGAAGUUUUACUGCAUUUUCUUCACCUAACCUCCGUCCACUUGUCAAUGCUGAAGUGGAAAUUAAAGUCAACUGGGACACUGUCUGGCGACCAAAUACAACUAAGAAGUUCAUGGUACAUACUAAUAUGAAUCGAAAUGUGGGAUUGUUAAGGUUAUUCCCAGGAAUUACUGCUGCUACGGUAAGAGCAUUUCUCCAACCACCAAUGGAAGGAAUUGUUUUAGAGACAUACGGAACAGGCAAUGCUCCAGAUAAUCGCCCAGAUAUGUUAGAGGAAUUUAAAAAAGCCAUUGAUCGUGGAGUAUUGAUAAUAAACUGUACUCAGUGUUUGAGGGGCUGCGUUAGUCAAUCAUAUGCAACAGGAAAGGCCCUCACAGAUGUAGGUCUCAUUCCAGGGGGUGACAUGACACCUGAAGCUGGUUUGGCUAAAUUGUCCUAUGUACUAGGCAAGGCUGAACUAAGUAUUCUGGAGAAGAAGAAGAUGCUGUCUGAAAACCUGAGAGGAGAAAUGAGUGUAGCCCUUGGGGAGGCUAAGAUUUCCCUUCGGGAUAGUCGAUUUAUUCAAGCUAUUGCCAGAUCUCUCAGUGUCAGCUGCAAAGAGGAACUGGAGGCUAUCCGAGAUGCUCUAACACCUUCGUUGGCAUGUGCUGCAGCAAAGUCUGGUGAUAUUGAUGCAUUGGAAGCUAUACUGGAUAUGGGUGGGAACCUGUGCAGUGAGGACUAUGAUGGACGAACCCCACUACAUAUAGCAGCUUGUGAAGGACAUCUAGAAGUUGUUCAGUAUCUGCUGAGUCGUGGAGCCACUGUUUAUGCCAAAGAUCGAUACGGUGAUACACCACUCAAGAAUGCAGUAAGAUUCAGAAGUGUUAUGAUGCACCUCUGGGGCAGGUGGAAUUUGAACCUGCACUUUCUGUACCAGAGAGAUGGAUGGUACACUUUGUCACAAGAGCCCUGGCGCACUGAAGUUAUCAAAUUAUUGCGGCAAACUGGUGCCCAUUUCUCAGAAAAUGAAAUUAUCGAUGUGGGAACUGACUUGUGCAGCCUGGCUGCAAAUGGUGACGUAGAGGGACUGAAAGCUUGGCACCUUGCAGGAAUGGACUUGGACCAGUGUAGCUAUGAUGGACAAAAUCCCCUGGAAGUUGCUUUGGCUGAUGGUAAUGAAGAGGUGAUUGCAUUCCUUCAGUCGGCAUGCAAGCGAAACAGGCUGUUUUAAAAUAGAUUCUGGAGAGUAGCGAAAACUCCAAAUUGAAAUGGAUAUCUGCAAUCAACUAUCUGACUGUUUUACAAAAAGAAGGAACAAGCUCAACACAUUUGCUUUAACCCCAUAUUGGAAAAAUGACCCUUGGAAUUUUGAUGUGCAAAGAAAAAUAAAUAAAGCCUGUAUUGUCAUUUUGUAUGUUUUGUUUUAGUAUUUUUCUUGACUUUGAGAAAAAAGGGAAUCUGUUACCAUUUAAAAUGGUGUGAAGGGAUGCCUGUGGCCUACUGGAAUGAGAGAACGUGAUUAUUAAUUGCUAAUGUAUUGUUAAAGCUGAAAACAAAACAGAAAUUGCUGAAAAUGCUCAGCAGGUCUGGCAGCAUCUGUGGAGAGAAAUCAGAGUUAAUGUUUUGGGUCGAGUGACUCUUCCUCAGAAGAAGUUACUAUAGGAUCGCAUGCACUCACGUGUGAAUGGAAAAGGACUGGUCAUGAUUUUACAAUUUUAAAAUAGAUUCUGGAGAACAGAGAAAUCUCCAAAUUGAAAUGGUGGAUACCUUUGUUAAUGAUAUAGAAGAUGGUAUUAGUAAUAACAUUAGCAAAUUUGCUGAUAAUACUAAGCUGGGUGGCAGAGU